CAUUCUUCAAUUCUUCUGCAAUGGGUGAGGUUGAUCGAUGGUCAAACAUUCAUCAAGAUUUGUUAAAAGAAAUUACAAAGCCGUUUCAUUCAUAUGACAAUGACUACCUUCAACAACGCUUCGUUUGUAAGCAAUGGAACUUGAAGCUUCCAAAGAUUCCUAAUGGCAACAAAGUUCCGUGGCUGCUACUACCUAUUGGUGGUGGUGGUGGUGCUGCUAAAGAAUCUUUUGAAGAAUUUCAUUCUCGUGAAGAGGAGGACAUUUACCAUAUCAUGCAAUUACCUACCAUUGACGAACAAAUUCUUGACACAGGUGGUCUUGAAGAGGAGGGGAUUUAUCAUCUUAUUCUACCAGAGCUGCAAGACAACAAAAUAUGUGGUUCUUGUCAUGGAUGGGUGAUAAUCGUAAUGGUACAUGAAGAUAGCAUGUGUAAGGAACACCCAUCAGACUUUGCUUCGCGUCAUGACCUUGGCAUCUUCAAUUUGGAAGAUGGGAGUUUCAAAAGAUUGUUAACAGAUGUGAAUUUUUUUUGUUCCCCUGUUUGGGUAUUAUCCUAAGUUUUUUUUGUUCUUUUCUGUUUUGACCUUGGACUUUUAAGCCUUUGCUAUUAAUUUUUUGUUUUAUUCUUCCUUUGAUUAAGACAUGUUUAUCGCCUUUUUUAUUAUUAGCAUACAAGUUUGUUCGUUAUUUUACAUUUAAUUAUAUUUUAGUCAAAUAUUGUUUGUUCUCUUCACCGUGUUCUUUGGAGUUCUUUUUAAUAAAUCAUAUAUAAUACACUGUUGUAUAUAUGAUGUGUGAGAUAUGAAAUACACAAAGCAUGUUUUUAUUUCUUAAAUCUUGUAAAUUAAAAGAGGGGUAAGUAGAAAUUGUUUAGUUAAAACAUGCG